UCGCGCAUGAUUAGGGAGGAGCCGCGUGACCGCCGUAAAUUGCAAUCAAAGGUCAAAUAAGUCGUAUCAGAGUGUCAUAGUAAAUAAAUGUUUCAAAAUUAGUUAUAUCAUUACGUGGCUUGUCCUCUGCGCCCUAAAGACGUCUAAAUUUUGUUAAACUUCUAGCACCAUGGCACGCAAAUUCAUCGUCGGCGGAAACUGGAAGAUGAAUGGAAACACCGCCAGCAUCGGUGAAAUCGUCAAAUUUCUCACGGCUGGCAAUCUGGAUCCAAAUACUGAAGUUGUUGUUGGUGUUCCAGCCAUUUAUCUAAAAGACGUACGUGCUCAGCUGCCGUGUAGCAUUGGCGUCGCCGCACAGAACUGCUACAAGGUGCCCAGUGGCGCGUUCACAGGCGAAAUAUCGCCGGCGAUGAUCAAAGACGUUUCAUGCGACUGGGUCAUUCUCGGCCACUCGGAGCGCCGCACCGUCUUCGGCGAAAGCGACGAGUUGAUCGCUGAGAAAGUUGCGCAUGCGCUCGACUGCGGCCUGCGUGUGAUUGCCUGCAUCGGCGAGAAGCUGGAGGAGCGCGAGGCGGGAAAAACCGAAGAAGUUGUGUUCCGUCAGACUAAAGCCCUUGCAUGUCAAAUUAAAGACUGGUCUAAUGUUGUGUUGGCUUAUGAGCCAGUCUGGGCCAUUGGAACUGGUAAAACUGCCACCCCUGAGCAGGCUCAGGAUGUCCACGAUGCUCUUCGUCAAUGGUUGUGUAAGAAUGUGAGCAAGGAAGUGGCGGAUUCUGUGCGAAUUCAAUAUGGCGGCUCUGUAACGGCUGCAAAUGCUAAGGAAUUGGCGUCGAAACCAGAUAUUGACGGUUUCUUGGUAGGCGGUGCAUCGCUUAAACCUGAUUUUGUUACUAUUGUUAACGCAAAAUGCUAACAAAGGCGCUAAUGAUCAUUUUUUAUCAAUCAAGAAUACAUAUACGCAAUUUAUAAGCAACAAAAUUGAUUUUUACAAAGUUUAUAAAACUAUUUUGAUAAAUUUAUAUCAAAUUUAUAUUUAAAUCAUGUUAUUGCAAUUAUAUUAUGAAAACACUUUUGAAUAUAUUAAUAAAAGACGGAUUUUAUAUCA